AUGGCUUACCAACAGCACUAUCAGCAGCCUCAAUAUCCACAGGAGCAGUAUCCGCAGGGACCGGCGGCCGGCUAUGCUGCCAAUUGGAACGCAAACAACAACUGGGACAGCUCCGCCCCUGAAGUGGUUCCGCAAUGGCACCAACCACCGACUGGCCAUGCGGCAGAAGGUAUCGCGCGCGCGAAUCACUGGGUAGCAGCCCAGCAGCAGUCCUCCAUGUCGCCGCCGCCGACGGCCAAGACGCCAUUCAGUGACUACGGCAGCGCGACGACGGGAUCGUACCCUUUGCACCCAGGGACAGUAGUCCCGCCACCGCCGAAGCCGCGGGAUAGAAUCUGCGGCGUGAAGAAGAAUGUGUUUUUCAUCGUGCUGGCGAUUGCGGCUUUCGUAUUCGUGGUGGGCAUUGCCACGGGCUUGGGCGUCGGGCUCGGAUCAGGAAAGAACUCUUCGAAUGCUGCAGCAUCUGGUCAAAGCACAUCUUCUUCGUCCACGUCCACAACAUCAACGCCCACCACAUCUUCAGAAACGCCAACCAAAGUGUCGCCCACGCCAAGCUUUACCGGCACCGUGACAAAGGGCUCUGUGCUCUGCCCGCGGGACAAUGGGACGGUAUAUAUCUCGUCGAUAACGUCCAAGCCGUUCAACGUCGAGUGCGGGCACGACUACAACAGCCAGGACGGCGCCAAGGACCUGUCACACCAGCCCGCCGCCACCAUGGCCGAGUGCAUCGACGCCUGCGGCGAAAACGAUUCGUGUGUUGGCGUGGGCUGGGGCAACUAUCAGGGCACGUAUACCUGUUGGCUCAAGAAACAGUUGGGAACACCAAACGACAGCUCCAAGUGGUAUUUUGCAAAGUUACAGGAUCUGGAUGCCAGUAGUGGGCCGGAAUCAAGGCGCUGGGUGGAUGGAUGA